UAAGUGAGCAUCUCUUUCUUUAAUUUGCUCCUUUCAACGAUUAUCGAAUGUUCUUUUUUCAAAAAUCAAAUACGCUCGGAAGAUUCUGUUCUAAUUGGACAGCAUCUGGCUCUUCUUGUUUAAACUUGAAAAGCCGGGUACGGUAUCAUUUUAUCCUGUUGAUUCUCAGACAAAGCAAGGCACAAUGUAACAAAACAACAUGGCUGAAAUAUUAUCUCGAUGCGAGAAAUCAAGGUUUUGCGUCUUUUGUGGAGCGAUCAUUUGUUGCUGUUCUAGGUUUACUAUGUCUCCUUUUAAGGAGUUUGACGUAAUUCAGUAAUGAGGAGCUGAUGAUAUCGCGUUACCUUUUUUGUUCCUUCGUUUGCUAUCUCUUCUUUAUUACCUCUGCUUCCUCUUUUGUAUUUGGAAGCAUAUUUUAUGAUAGUUGAAUCUGAUUAUCUUGUAUCAAAGUAGUUCUCGGUAAGUAUUUUUGAUCUGAAACGAUUUCUAGUCUAUGAUUACGAAUUUACUAUCAAUUAAAUUAAGCUAAGUGUUUUGAUUCAGCAAACUAAAAUCAAUUUUCUACAAUUUGUAGUCUUCGAGCUUACACAGAAACUCGAAGCACUCUUGGGUGAAAAACGCCGUAAACUAGUUGAUACUAGUAAGGUAAAAAAUUAUUGGUAUCUUAGUUUUUUUGAUUAGUUAUUUAUUGGAGACGUGUAUUCAAACAAAUUUGCAGCCUCUGUGUACUGAAUCAUCAUCAUCCCGCUUCAUAAAGAAAAGCAAAUUCAAAACGGAACUAUGACCAUGCGUAAAUCCGAUUAUUCCUCGUUUCAUCUAAAUGAUUGAACAGCAGCAGCAGGUGUAGAUGGUUAUUAUGUACAAUCAUGCCAUCAAAAAUGCAUCCGUAUUGGUAGCCUCUUUUAUCAGUUCGCGUUCAGUACUGAGUCACCAUUCCUGCUAUUGUAUCCGUACCUGGAUAUUGAAGCACUAAACUCUUCUCUUUUCUGGCCACCGGCGUAAGAAGAAUUAAAUCAUUAGUAGAGGUAUGGAAAAAUAUGUGGCUCUCAUUUUGGAAAUAUGUGAAAGUACUCUAAUGCUCCUUUCUUUUCCAAAGAUACGAUAGAAUAAUAAGACCAACCAAGGUUGAUUAUCUCAUAACUUAACUCUAUUUGUGUUAGCUUUUCUUUUGUUUUUUUUUCUACCUACCUAUAACCAACGAGCAUUUGAUCCCAAAGGAUUUCCCCGACUUCCUCAAAUAUUUCUUCUUAAAUUGAACUGCGCCGCGUUUGGUGUUUGAAACAUUUACUGUCUUUCCUAUUUAUUGAUUACAAUCGCCAACGCCGAGGUCUUCGCUAGCAAAUUUUCAUCUGAAUUUUUAGAUAAUGGACCAUCAGUGCCGUCUCAGCUAAGUGUUAUUGUCAGGGGUAUAUUUUAUUGAAAACAUCUGCGUUCUGACGAGUUGAAAGAGUCCUAUUAAUUGUUUCCUGGAAGCUUCAAUUUAACCUCAAAGAAUCGAGGUUUAUUAUAAAAAUUCUAAAUCGCCUGCAUCAAUUUACUCCAAUUUGACGCCAAAGACAAAUUGCCUGGCCGGUUACAACGGGACACCUACAUUAAAGUGAAGUGACGUAACAAAACGGCACGACAUCUUAACUACAAUACAAAUCAAGUAGCACUGUGUUUUCUGUCAGGAAAUGGAUCAAAUGGACUUUAGAAGCACCUAACUGACUAAGUGGACGCCAUUAGGCAACGAUUUGAAGUGUACAUUUUUGUUUCCCUCCAAUCAACCGAAUUCUGUCCUCAUGGCACAUUAUCAGAGAUUAUAAUGAAUGAAUGACGUAAUAUCCAUUUCGAACGUCUUCUACAAAAUUACUUAUUUCCGACGAACUCUACGAUUUUUUGAGUUUUUUGUUUUCCAGAGGCCGGAAAACAGUAUUAGUUUCAAGUGGCGAACUCUUCUCAUGUUUUAUUUGGUAGAAUCGAACUAAGUUGAAGUUACCUCGCUUUCAUUUGAAUCUGGGCUGACAUUAUUUCCAUAUUUGUCUGAUUCUGUUUAGAUUACCAACUGCAAUUCCCUUUUUUGCCUUUAUUUUAUUAUGCGUGUAAUAUAUAUCCCACUCCUAAUUUGACGCACCAGUCUUACCAGAAGUUACCUGAAAGUGAUUUCGGUCGUAGUUCACUGUAUCAUAAACCAAGACUGCUAAAUUUCUUUUUAUUUCUUCUUUGCUUAAUCUACGAUAUUGACAAAAAUUUGACAUACUAUCUACAAUGCCUUUUAUACACAGAUUUCUUACCCCGCGCGAGGAGAGAAACAUGGUCUACAAGACUUUUUCCAACGCAGUAAUGAAGCAGUACCCCUCCAAGUUCACCGCCAUCAUGGGCGAGAUCUGGAAGAUGCCGUUUGAGAAGCUACUGCGUGCCUCCCUCACCACCCACCACGUGAACAUUUAUGUCGACCUGGCAGCCAGCAAGGUCACCGGGGUCUCCCAGUAUGACAGAUAUGUGAAACAUGUGAGACGCCUGUCCAGAGUCAUAGGCGACAUUGAAGACACUCCUUUUGUGGACCUUCCGCGAACGGAUGACGUACUUAUGGACCAUCUGUUCAUGAAAGUGUGUGAGUUCUGUCCCUCCCACCCCCACUCGCGCCAAACAGCAGAGACAGUCACAAAUGAACUAAAUGAGCAGGGCUACAUAGAGAGCAGGAAUGACAUUGUGGACAUGUUGGAACAGCCUCUAUUGCUGCAGAAGAGAGUGAGACACAUUUACAGACAGAUAGAGGGCGUAACUCCUCCGGAAUACGAAGACUUUGGGCUCAAUUCUGUAUACCCUGAAACAGCUUCGUUGACCUCAAUUGCAGAAGCUUCAACACACACGAACCAAAGUGCAUCUUACUUUGCCGACCGCAAUUCAGACUCGGCUUCGCUAAGAAGUAGUGCCUCGGCUAUUUUCACGAAUAACUUUGACGAACUGUUUGAGCAAGCGGCGCAGAUCAAUGGGGACCGUUCUCCGAUACGCGGGGGAAUAAGACCCUCAUCUUCGAUUGAUUAUUCAGCUACUGGGUCCACUCUUUUGACCCCCACUAAGGGGAAGAGAGGCGUGACUGAUUAUUCGCCUCAGGUGGAGGCUCUGCAUUUGGAAGUGGUGAAUGAGACAGCGGCGGCCGUUCAGCUUCCUCAAAGUCCCCAUAGGGAUCUGAUGAAAUUUUCACCUGGUCCUCGUUCACAAAUUAAAAUAGUUGUCGAGGACGGCGAAAAUGAUUUCGACCGACUCCUCCAGAUCAACAAGACAAUUGCACAAGACAGCGAUUCAGACGAAAUGCUAUCUUCAAAUCCAACUUCAGUACCCGAACCAAAUUUGGAGCCGACAGUAUCUUCUUUGGACGCCACAAUGAUGUCAUCUUCGUCUCGGGAUUCGAGUUACACGAGAGCCGAGACUGUUCUCGUGUCGAAGACCGGCGAUUCUUCAGUACAGAAACGGAUCAAGAAACGCAAGAAGGUGAAGCAACAGUCACUAGAUGCGUCGGUGUUGGGAACAGAUGAUUGUAGCAAUUGUGAUGUGUGUGAUUAUGAGAAGCGGUUAAGUCAGAUGUCCUUACAGAAUCCGACUGAUGAGUUCGAUAAAUUGCAGCAGUAUAUGAUAGACACUGGAGAUACGCUUCCAAAUUCAAUCGACCUGCCUUCCUCUUGUGAUAUCUCUGUUCUCUUCGACCCCGGACAGCUAGAAAUGGAUCCAGACGAAAACUUCCAACCCAUACCCGACAUUCUCGACGCCAUACUAAGCGACAACCCAUCUCAAUCAGUGCAGAAGAACUCGGAAGCGGAGACCAAUCAGAAAGAGGAAAAUUUUGAACCAAUCAAAUCGGAAGAGCCUCCGAAAAGUGAAAAAUCGAUCUCUUCAAAAUCUAAAAAGAAACAACCGAAGUCAGAUUCGGUCAAAAGAAAGACUGAUAUGAGAACUGCAGAGUGUUGCUAAAUAAGAUUCGGUUUUGAAUGACUAAGGUUGUAUGCUCAUCUGCAUUUAUGAGACUGGAGAUUGAUCGCCUUUGAAGUUUGCCUUCGUAAUGUAUAUAAUUAUCUCGCAAUAUUCAAGUGCAUAUUAAUGAUUGCUAAAUAGCUUUAGUGCAAUGAAUUCAAAUAAUAUAGAUAUAACAAUA